UUCCUGUCAUCGCUGAUUGGCUGUUGGAAUCAUAACAGUGGCUCCGCCUAUCAGACGUUACGCAGAUCAGACAAGGAAACAAGGGAUUACCCUCGUCCGCUGCGUACUCUGGAGUUUGAUGUCCACUUAAAAUAAGGUCUCCCAUGUAAACCCUUCAGGCGGAGAGGAGAAGGUCUGGCAGUUUCUCUGUGAUGAUGGACAGUUAGUUAGUCCUGCCAGUACUCCAAUGGAAGCUCCAGUCACAGCUGCCCCUCCUCCCAACUCCUCCACCCUGCCUACCCCGGUCCCCCUGCGUCCGGCUGUCGCCCCCUCAGUCCAGCUUGGCUUCACUGUCCUCUACACCACUCUGUACGCCGGACUGUUCCUGGUGGUUUACGUCCAGCUCUGGCUUCUCUACCUCUAUAGACACAAAAGAUGGAGCUACCAGAGUGUCUUUCUGUUCCUCUGCCUGCUCUGGGCUGCCCUUCGCACCACCCUGUUCUCCUUUUACUUUCGCAACGCUCUGGAGGCCAACCACCUACCUGUUGCAGUCUACUGGCUGCUCUACUGCUUCCCUGUCUGUCUGCAGUUCUUCACUCUCAGCCUUAUUAACCUGUAUUUCACUCAGGUGUUACUCAAAGUGAGAGAGACUUAUAGCUCAGAAGUGGACAGAGGACUGUGUCUGGCACGGUGCAUGUACGCUGCAUUGAGCGCCAUCUUCCUGUUCGUCAACGUGGUUUGCGCAGCUCUCGGGGACAGAGGUGCCGGCGGUGGGUCAGGGGAGCGGACCUGGAGUCUGGUCCUCGUUCGAGUUCUAGUCAACGACUUGCUCUUCAUCCUGGAUGCGGUGUUGCUGGCCGCCUUGCUGUUGCUCCUGACCAGACACUCACGCUCCACCAGCCCCUACCUGAUCAGCAAGGGGACCACAGUGUGCCGCACAGCAGCACUGGGAGCAGCAGUGAUCUUGUUGUUUGCCAGUCGAGCCUGCUACAACCUGACAGUCCUCAUUCUGUCUCAGAACCACCGGGUGGAGUCAUUUAACUUUGACUGGUACAACGUCUCCGACCAGGCUGACUUGCGUAGUGAACUGGGCGACACGGGCUACCUGGCCUUUGGCACCAUCCUCUUCAUAUGGGAGCUGCUCCCAACCAGUCUGCUCAUCCUCAUCUUCAGAGUUCGCCGGCCUGCUCAAGAGAGCAGCAGCAUGGCCAUCAACAACAGGGUCCUACCUCGUCCAUAUUUCUUUGAUGACCCUCAGGGCAGCGAUGAGGACUCACCUGUCCCAUGGGCACGCAGUUCACAUCCACACUCAAGCUGGUACGGCUCAGAGACCGCUCCUCUCCUGUUCGCCAGCAAUCCUCCAGACCAGAGCCACCAGCACCACUCGUUCUACUCCACCCCCCAGUCCUGACCCUGACUCCUCACCACUGUCAGGGUCGUGGUGUCCUCGAUGACAUUCAUCUCAAGGACAAACCACACACCACUACCAGCCAGUAGUGACCGAGGGGGCUGUUUUUGCACUGAAAACCUCAGGAUCUCAUCACCAAACAGUAACUAUGCACCUUGUAUUUUUUUUGAACAGAGAAUAUAUUAAAGCUUUCUUAGCUCAAAGGGAACAAACUUGGUGGGAAAAGCCCUGACAGAUGUGAAGAACCACACAUUGUGCUCAGUGAUCUCCUUUUAAAGGCUGAGAUUUAGUCAAGAUUUGUUAGCUUGUUUUAAACAAGUCAUUGUCCUACUGAGGAUAAAACAAGGCGAACUAGCUCACAAUUCCUAAAAAUUGCACAUUUAGCUUCGUUAGCAUUCCUUAUUAAAUUAAUACAUCUAAUGCAAUGUAGUUCAUAAGCUCGCUGAAUGUGAUAACCCUUUGUAACAACCACUGACGAUACUAAUUAGCAGUUUUGUGAAGGUUAACUUUUCUCUUACACUGUUUCACGUGUAUUGGAAAUUGAUUAAAAUGAUGUGCUGUUUCUUCAAGACCAGUAAUGUCUUUUGACACCUUUCUAAUAUCAGACCUAAACACUGCUGCGGGCAUUCACAUCGCUCAAUUGUUGUUUCCUCCAGGGCCAUUGUCUGCUCUUCUUUUGGUUUGCAUGUCACAUUUGUAACAAGUUUUCAUAAUUUGAAAUGUUCAAAGUUUAUUUUGAUUCUUAUUCCCUUCCUGUAAAAUAUAAGUGAAGUUUAACUUAUUUUAUAAUCUAUGAUUCUACCUUUUAAUUGUAGCUAAAAAAAAAAAAAAUCAAAUGUUACGCUCCUUUGUCUUUUCUGGAAUGAGGCUUCCUCAUAGCCACUCAAUCACCCGUGGCUUCGAUUUUAGCACAUGACUGAUAUUUACUGUGUAAACUACAAACAAAUACAAAAAACUUCAAAAUAAGCUUGUUCGACCUGUUGCUAAGCAGAAAACUGUGGGGGAAAAGGCGCUGCAUGUUUAACAUGUUUUAGCCCAUUCACUACGAACUAUGUAUACUUAGUCAGUGCCCCCUGUUUUAGAUUUUUAAAUGCUUUAUCCAUUGGUGAAUAUCAGGUCAACUUUUAUCUUAUUGUUGAAUGAUACUUAAGUACAAAUAAAAAAAACCCAAAACUUUCA